AUGACAUCCAAGAAUCUGAACCAGACCAGCAGCGAAAUUAUUCUUGCACAGUUCAGAACCGACCGUGCCGCUCACUCGCCUUAUCCUAUUCGAUACCUUUUAAGCGAUAGCGAGUUCUGGCAGGAUAUAUUUUACGAGAUUCCGCAUGCCGUGGCCGCCCUUGAUCAAUAUACCCGCCAGCGAAAACACACCAUCGAGUACAGCCAUCCAGUAUUUAAAGCUUGGCCACGUCGCUCUUCUCAGAGUAGACCCGGCCCUGGCAAUAAUGCUGUAAUAGGAAAUACCAAAGUAGAAAGGGUUCAUAACAUUCUGAAAAAGCAAAAUAGGUAA